CGGCGGUGAGUGGUAGCGGUCCCGGUGGUGGUGGCGGAGCAACCUUGAACGCGAGCACCGACGGACCGGAUCCUACCACCGUCAGCCUCCAGUCGUCCCACUCGCGCCAAGGAUCGGUCGAUGGUGUGAUGCAACGAUGCGGUCUCUGCUCGAUCAUCUCGAGCCUGCUGCGGCGCGCCAUGUGCGUCGGGUCACGGCGUGGUAGCGGCGAAUCGUACUACCAAGAGCUAGCGGAAACCAAUGUACGUCAAUGCAUAAAGUACAAUGAAUCUUCAACCAUCGCGGACGUCGCCACGGUGGAAACGACGGACAGUUCGAGCUACAAACGACUGAUAUCAACCACAUCCAGCACGACGCCGGGUGCGGCAACGACGGCAACGAUCGUGGCGCUUACGACAAACACGGCAACUCCGACGACGACGGCCACCGUGAUGCUGAUGCAGGACGAGGACGACGAUGAGCACGGCGGCGUUGGUGACGCAGUGGCGGCCACCGCUCCCGUGGGUGCUUCCCUACGACGAAUCUCCGAGAACGAUCGGCCCCUGUUCGAGACCCUGCUGGCCGAGGAGCGGGGCGAGCUGCCGCGGCGGCGGAACGCCUGCACUGGCCGCUUCCUCACGAUGCACAAGCGCCGCAGGAAGAAGCUGCUGACGCGCAGUCUCGCCCUCGACCAGGCCAUCCUCGACGAUGUGCUGCACGGGCAGGUGCAAUGCAUCCUCGAUCGGGUGCACCACUGGCGCUUCAACGCGUUCACCCUCGAGACGGUCACUGGCGGACGCUCACUGCCAGUCCUAUGUGUUCAUCUGUUCCACUGGUACGGCCUUCUGGACCACUUCCACCUAGACGUAGUUAGAGUAUGGAAAUUGUUUAGCUUAAUCGAGGAAGGGUACCACAGCACGAACCCGUACCACAACUCGAUCCACGCGACGGACGUGACGCAGGCGAUGCACUGCUUCCUGCAGGAGAAGCGCAUCCUCGAGAACCUGAGCCCGCUCGAGAUCAUGGCGUCGCUGAUCGGCGCGGUCACGCACGAUCUCGAUCACCCGGGCGUGAACCAGCCGUUCCUGAUCGCGACCUCCAACCACCUGGCGGCGCUGUACGAGAACACGUCGGUGCUGGAGAACCACCACUGGCGGUCGGCGAUCGGGUGCCUGCUGGAGAGUGGCGUCGCCGAGCAAGUGCAGGACAUCCGGCCGGAGCUGGAGAAACAGAUAAGCUCUCUAAUCCUGGCGACCGACAUCACGCGGCAGCAGGAGUUUAUCGGGCGCUUCCGGGACUACCUGAGCCGGGACGCGCUCGAUCUGCGGCUCACCGAGCACCGGCACUUCAUACUGCAGAUUUCGCUCAAGUGCGCCGACAUCUCGAACCCGUGCCGCCCGUGGGACAUCAGCAAGAAGUGGAGCCAGAAGGUGUGCGAGGAGUUCUUCCGCCAGGGCGACUACGAGCGGCAGCUCAACCUGCCGGUGACGUCGCUGUGCGACCGCCAGACGACGACGGUGCCGAAGAUCCAGACCGGGUUCUUCAAGUUCGUCGUGACGCCGCUGCUGGACGAGUGGCACCGGUUCCUCGGCACCGAUCUGUCCCACUCGAUGAUGCACCACCUGCGCUACAACCAGGCGCAGUGGGAAAGCAAGCUGCAGGCGGAGAUCAACGAGGAGACGCGCACCGAAAUCUCCGACGCCGAGCUGCUCGACGACGAGGACCUCGAGGGGGCCGUGGUCGCGGCGGGCGAAGGCGAGGGUGAUGACGAGUGUGACGACUCGGUGCACCUGACGCUCGAUCUGUCCGACAGUUCGGAGGUGCUGCUGCCGACGGUGGCCUGCAAGUUCGGUCGGCGCAGCUCACUGCAGGUCGCGGCUAGCGGAAGCUACGGUGGCAUGGGGCGCCUGCGAAGCGAGCGACGCCUCUCGGUACCGGCCACCCAUUGCAUCCCGCGGAUCGUGUUGCCGGCGAAGGAAGGUGCGGGCGGAGCGCCGACUGGCAGCUUCCGGUUGGGUGGCGUGGAGCCACCGUUCAGUCUGCUGCAGCCGGAAUCGAUCCAGGAGAGUGACGAGCACCACCGCUUCGACAACGAUUCGCUGUCGAUCUUCUCGUCCGACAGCGACAGUCUGCACCGGGGAGCGCGCGGUUCGUCCACGGGAAGCGCGGCCGACCGGGAGCGGCCGCUGAGCGCCGAGAACUUGCUGCCCGAUUGCAGUAUCGCGUCGAUGACGGACGGUACGUGUGGCGAUCGGUUGAACCUGAUGCUUCACGGGGCGGCCAGCGUCGGGAACACGGCCAACCUGCUCACGGUCGGCACCUCGAAGCAUCUGAUCCGCCAGCAAACGUUCCCACCGUUGCAACCGUACGUGCGCACGCGCUACAUGUCGUCCCAGGCGGAACUCGGUGCGUGUCCCGAGGCGCUGCUCGAGUCGAACUCGAGCAGCUCCAGCAGCUGCUCGGCCGCGAACCAUCAUCAUCAUCAGCUGCAGCAACAACGGCAGCAACGGCACCGUCACCAUCAUCAUCACCACCAGUCGGUGGACCACGCCGGGGCCGGGGCUCCGGCGCCAUCGCACGUUGAAUCUCGCGCCCGCAUCCUGUCGACGCGGAAGGACAGCAUCAAGCGGGAACCGCAACCCGACGGCAGCACGACCCAGCACGACGGUAGCAGCAGCAGCAGUAGCAGCGGCGGUGGCGGCGGCCAGGGCAAGAUCAAGGUGCCGAAACUGUCGCUCGGCCAGAAGGAGAACCUCGAUCCGUCGAUGUUGAAGCGUACGCUCAGCCGGCGGCGCGGCUCGGCCCCGGUGACCGUGGCGCUGCCACCGAAACCCGGCGACGGCCCCACCGUGUCCGACAUUGGCAAAUCGUUCGUCAUCAAAACGUGUGAUCUGAUGCGCCGGGGCUCGAUGCCGGCCGAUGCCAUCAUCCAUGCCAAGGAUCUUCCAGCGGCGCAAACCACCGACACGGCCGGUGACAGUGCGGUGGACGCCCUCUUUUGCCCGCCCCUUCCCUCCGGCAACAGUAUCAUCGGCCACCAGCCGCCGCCGUACAGCAUGCAGCGCCGUGGAUCGGUGCCGUGCGAGGGCAGCAACAACAACAACAGCAACAACGUGGCCCUGCGCAGCAGCUUCACCAUCAAGCGGCGCAGCACGAAGAAAGCCAUCCGGCGCCGCUCGUCGGGUGGGCCGGAAAUUCUCAGCCCCAUCCUGUCCGAGGACUCCGGGGCCGGCAGCUCGUCGGCGGCCUCAUCCGCCUGGUAUCGGAUCAAGCGCGGCGAUGCCGGUCAUCGGCGCAGCGAUAACGAGAACCUGCUGUCCCGGCGACGUGGCUCGCUCCCGGUCGAAGUGCUGGCGAUCGGUUACUCCGAUUCCUAG